AUGGGUCAGACCGGAAAAAAAUCUGAGAAGGGACCAAUUUGCUGGCGAAAACGUGUGAAAUCAGAAUAUAUGAGACUGAGGCAGCUCAAGAGGUUCCGACGUGCAGAUGAAGUAAAGAGUAUGUUUAAUUCUAAUCGUCAGAAGAUACUGGAAAGAACUGAAAUCUUAAAUCAAGAAUGGAAACAGCGUAGGAUACAGCCUGUUCACAUCAUGACUUCUGUGAGCUCAUUGCGCGGGACCAGGGAGUGCUCUGUUACCAGUGACAUAGAUUUUCCAAAACAAGUCAUCCCACUGAAGACUCUCAACGCUGUUGCUUCUGUGCCUAUAAUGUAUUCUUGGUCUCCCCUUCAACAGAAUUUCAUGGUAGAGGAUGAAACUGUAUUACAUAACAUUCCAUAUAUGGGAGAUGAGGUGCUUGACCAGGAUGGUACCUUUAUUGAAGAACUGAUCAAGAAUUAUGAUGGGAAAGUGCAUGGAGACAGAGAAUGUGGAUUUAUCAAUGAUGAAAUAUUUGUUGAGCUGGUCAAUGCACUUGGUCAAUAUAGUGAUGAUGAAGAUGAUGAUGACGGAGAUGACAAUUCUGAUGAAAGAGAUGACAAGCAAAAAGAUCGGGAAAGUAACAGGAUGGAGAAAGAAAGCCACCCACCUCGGAGAUUUCCUUCUGACAAGAUAUUUGAAGCCAUUUCCUCCAUGUUUCCAGACAAGGGUACAGCAGAAGAGUUGAAAGAGAAAUACAAAGAACUCACAGAGCAGCAGCUUCCCGGAGCUCUUCCUCCUGAAUGCACACCAAACAUAGAUGGACCAAAUGCUAAAUCCGUUCAGAGGGAGCAAAGCCUGCAUUCUUUUCACACGCUCUUCUGUAGGCGCUGUUUUAAGUACGAUUGCUUCUUGCAUCCAUUCCACGCGACUCCCAAUACUUACAAACGGAAGAAUACAGAAACAGCGUUGGACAACAAGCCUUGCGGCCCGCACUGUUACCAACAUCUGGAGGGUGCGAAGGAGUUUGCAGCUGCCUUGACCGCUGAGCGUAUAAAGACGCCACCGAAGCGCCCGGGUGGCCGCCGAAGGGGAAGGCUUCCAAACAACACCAGCAGACCCAGCACGCCGACGAUAAAUGUGCUGGAAUCGAAAGAUACAGAUAGUGAUAGAGAAGCUGGAACCGAAACUGGAGGAGAAAAUAAUGAUAAAGAAGAAGAGGAAAAGAAAGAUGAAACCUCCAGUUCUUCUGAGGCGAAUUCUAGGUGUCAAACACCAAUAAAGAUGAAGCCAAAUAUUGAGCCACCAGAGAAUGUGGAAUGGAGUGGUGCAGAAGCCUCCAUGUUUAGAGUUCUCAUUGGCACCUACUAUGACAACUUCUGUGCAAUUGCCAGGCUGAUUGGGACCAAAACAUGCAGGCAGGUGUAUGAGUUUAGAGUAAAGGAAUCUAGUAUUAUUGCUCCAGUCCCUGCUGAAGAUGUUGAUACUCCUCCCAGAAAGAAGAAGAGGAAACACAGGUUGUGGGCUGCUCAUUGCAGAAAGAUACAGCUGAAAAAGGACGGGUCAUCGAACCACGUGUACAACUACCAGCCGUGCGAUCACCCCCGUCAGCCCUGCGACAGCUCCUGCCCGUGCGUCAUCGCUCAAAACUUCUGCGAGAAGUUCUGCCAGUGCAGCUCAGAAUGUAAGUAG